AUGUUUUUUUCUCAAACUACUCCAUCUUCUAUUGGAAACACAAGUACUACGGGUUUAGGAAUGCUUGGUUCUACUGGGUCUGGGGUAGGAACAUAUUUACUAAAUUCAUCUUCAAAUACUUCUCAGACUGGAACAUCAAUUACGCAGUCUUCUAAUUCAGGCAACUCAUUUCAAUUGCCAAAUUCACAGUCCGGAAUCUCCAAUACAUCAAGCUUAUUCGGAGGUUCAAGUUUAAAUAACUCAUCUUCAAUAGGAGUACUUGGUAAUACCGAACCUGGAAUAUCUUUGUUUGGAACUUCUCAGUUACAAAGUCAGCUCCAAACGCAAGUCAAUUCUCAAGCUCAAUAUCUGCCUUUAAACCCUACAGUUGGCCAAUUAACCAAUUAUAUUCAGAGCUGGAAAGCUGAAUUUGACGAGAUUGAAAAUCAACUACGUGGAAAUGAUAAACAUAUUGAAUACCUAACUAACAAUAAACUUGUUGAGAUUACUCGAUUAUGUAGUACAUAUAAGAAAGGCGUAGAAAGACGAAAUGAAGAAAUAGAGAAUAUCAAAUCUCUUCAAUUCAGGACGCAAGACUCUAUUGAGUCAGUGAUAUCGGAAAUCACAACUGUACAACAACUGAGCCAUGAUAUUACCCACAUUUAUGAUCGUAUUAAAGAUAUUGAUCAAAAUAAUUCCUCAAGGCAAAUUCAGCCAUUAAGGUUCCCUUUACCCAUAUUUGAAUUUUUCUGUGAAAAUAUGGCCAAAAAAUGUAGGAGUAUUGAGGAAAUUAUUGGGAAUUUAGAUAGAGUUGUUUCUUCUCUAAGAGAGGAAUUAACAAAUGCAACUGUGGAAGAUGUACUUAAAUAUAUUGCGGAGAUAAUAAAUAACAACUACGAAUCAUUCUAUGAUUUAGUUACUCAAUGUUCUCAAUUGCAUGAUAAGACGGAGUCCAUUGUAAAUAUAUCAAAGUUGCACGAGGCGAGUCGCAAUUAA